CCACCCCAUCAGCAGCUCCAUCCUCCCCCUCACGACAGUCUCAGCAACAGCAGCACUAUCGUCCUCCUCCACCCUCUCCAGCAUUAUCCGGCGGUGAGACACGGAGUAGACGCAUCCAAGUGAUGCCACUGCACCAACCGAAAACACGCCGACAAUAAAGCGCUUCUUCUGCGAGGAGGGAGAAACACAUUCGCCUGGAGACAUCCACUGCCCAUGAAGAUGUCUAACGCUGACAUGGUCUUGAACUCCACCGAUCGGAUAGUGAAAUCCGUCCCCUUCCCCCUGAGUCACCGCCUCACCACGAAGGAGGUGUUUGACUGUGAGGGGAAACCAAGGGUGGAUCUACUGAAAGCCCACCUCACUAAAGAAGGCAGGGUGGAAGAGAACGUGGCCCUCCGAAUCAUAAACGAAGGGGCCUCCAUCUUACGCCAAGAAAAGACCAUGCUGGACAUAGAGGCACCUGUCACAGUGUGCGGUGACAUUCAUGGGCAGUUUUUCGACCUGAUGAAGCUGUUUGAGGUGGGCGGCUCUCCAGCCACGACACGAUACCUAUUCCUGGGCGACUAUGUGGACCGGGGUUACUUCAGUAUCGAGUGUGUUCUGUACCUCUGGUCACUGAAAAUCCUCUACCCAAAGACGCUAUUUUUACUGAGAGGAAAUCAUGAAUGUAGACAUUUGACAGAAUAUUUCACCUUCAAACAAGAAUGUAAAAUCAAGUAUUCAGAGCAGGUUUACGAUUCCUGUAUGGAUGCGUUCGACUGUCUGCCCUUGGCAGCUCUCAUGAACCAACAGUUCCUGUGCGUCCACGGUGGUCUGUCCCCAGAAGUACAGACCUUAGACGACAUAAAGAAGUUGGACCGGUUCAAGGAACCCCCAGCAUUCGGGCCUAUGUGUGAUUUGCUUUGGUCUGAUCCCCUGGAGGACUUCGGCAAUGAAAAGAGCCAAGAGUACUUUAGCCACAACACAGUCAGAGGCUGCUCAUACUUUUACAGUUAUCCGGCUGUCUGUGACUUCCUACAGAAUAAUAACUUGUUAUCAAUCAUUCGAGCACAUGAAGCACAAGAUGCAGGCUACCGGAUGUACAGGAAGAGUCAGACUACUGGAUUCCCUUCCCUAAUUACCAUCUUCUCUGCACCAAACUACCUUGAUGUUUACAAUAACAAAGCUGCCGUUCUGAAGUAUGAGAACAAUGUAAUGAACAUCCGGCAGUUUAACUGCUCCCCUCAUCCUUACUGGCUGCCAAAUUUCAUGGACGUCUUCACCUGGUCACUGCCAUUUGUGGGGGAGAAAGUCACGGAGAUGCUGGUAAAUGUGUUGAGCAUCUGUUCUGAUGAUGAGCUGAUGAAUGAUGGAGAAGAGAUCUUUGACGCCAAUGCAGCAGCUGCUCGCAAAGAGGUGAUUAGGAACAAGAUCCGUGCCAUUGGGAAGAUGGCCAAGAUGUUCUCGGUGCUCAGAGAAGAGAGUGAGAAUGUGUUGACCCUGAAGGGCCUGACCCCUACCGGCAUGCUGCCCAGCGGGGUGCUUGCUGGAGGCAAGCAGACUCUACAGAGUGCAACCAUCGAAGCCAUUGAAGCCAACGAGACGGAUGAAGACGGAGAAGCCAUCCGCGGCUUCUCUCCACAGCACAAAAUCAGCAGUUUUGCAGAGGCUAAAGGUCUGGACCGCAUCAAUGAGCGCAUGCCACCCCGCAAGGAUGGGGUCAACCACGUGGGCCAAUCCAUGGGCAAGAUGAACGUGUCGGAGACCAACGGCACCGACGACAACAGUAACAUCCAGUGAUGAAAUGGCUGCCCACUCACCUGCACCUGAGUCCAUGCCACCGCCACGACGCAUGGCAGGACAAUGCCAAACUUGUGAUUUAAGGCCUCCUGCUUCCAACAAACACCCAAUGACAUCACCUACACAUCCCUCCCUGCUCCAAUGUCCAAUUAGAGAACCAAACGAUCUUAAAUGUGUCACUGAAAAGGGGGAGACUGUUUUCUUGCUGUCAGUUUGCCGCUUGCAAUUUUCGAAGCGGAUACCUUGCCGACGGCAAGUUUCUGCCUUUUUUUGGGAGUGUUGAAUGGGA